GUAAAAACACUUAGCUCAGCUUAGCUUCGUGGAUGGUAGCGACGACACACCGCCGCAACAAAAACUCUUCAGAAAAUAGUAAAAAGGGAAAACGCUAACUAUAAUCUAUCGAUCCACGUUUUCAACAUCGAAUACCAAGGUUCUGAAUAUUCGGAAAGGGGCGUUUUUUUUUUAUUAGUUUUUGAUAAUUAAAUGGAGGAGAAGAAGGAAGACGGAGAUUCGGAGAUACAAGAACACGGACCGGAGCACUGGUUCUCAAAAUGGGAGCGGCAGUGUUUAGCCGAAGCCGAGCAGAGGGAGCCCAGCGAAGAGGAGGCCGACAACGACCAGGAUAAACUGUGGCAUCUUUUCCAGAACUCCGCUACCGCCGUGGCUCAGUUGUACAAAGACAGAGUAUGCCAUCAGCAGAGCUUGUCUUUGUGGGUGCCAUUUCAGAACGCAGCCACGGCAGUAACCAACCUGUAUAAAGAAAGCGUAGAAGCCCAUCAGAGAAGCUUUGACCGAGGCAUCCAGAUAGGCCACCAACGACGCAAUAAGGACAUGUUGGCCUGGGUGAAGAAGCGCAGGAGAACCAUCCGCCGGGAGGAUCUAAUCAGCUUUUUGUGCGGCAAAACGCCACCUCACAGGAGCAGCAGGGCGAAUACAAGGUUGGCCAUGGUGGCCCCGAGCCGUGCGAAUUCACCUGCUGAUACUGGCUCGUCCGUAGAGGCAGACCUGCAGCCCUUUAGGGAGGCCAUCGCACUGCAUGGUCUGAGCGGGGCCAUGGCUAGCAUCAGCGUGCGCUCUGGCGCUCCAGGGUCGCCCACGCACGUGAGCGGCAGUAGCAGCAAUGGAGGCGGUGCCGGAGGAGGCUCCUCCGGGUCGGGACUGGUUUGCCGCAGCAGGCGAAAUGGGCUCCAGGAUGUGGACCUGAACACUUUCAUCUCGGAAGAGAUGGCUUUGCAUCUGGACUCCACAGGCUCCGCCACAGCCGGAGGAGGCGGGACCCGCAAACGGAACUCCACCCAAUGUAGCGAUGUCAUCACAGACUCCCCGACUCACAAACGCAACCGGAUGAUCUGAAGCGCAGCCUCGCCGCGUGUGUCCAGGCUUGUGAGUGGCAGGACGGAGAGGCGUUUGGAGUUCUGUCCUAUGUCUCCUAUUCCUUUGAAACGUUGAAUCACUAAUCUGCAAUCAUACGCGCGUGCGGAUGACUGAGCCUCGACGACAGGCACACACACUUAUCAGACAUCGCUCGCUUGAGAAGGAGACCACAAAGACGGGGGUGCAGUCUGGUUUCUCAGACGGGUGAAAAAUGAACUGUGCUGCUUGAAAAGUAAAAGCCACUCUGCCCAUCUGUGCCCUUCCUUCCUUCCUUCCACCCCCCCAACCUCACCCUUCCUCACCCACCACCUUAAUAUGGAAGUGAGGGCCACGAUAAAUCAAUGGAGUUGCUCGCCAAAUUCUGGACUCGAUGUACGCUGUCACAAAACUUCGCAACAUCUUUCUGUUACUUCGCAACGUUUUAUUCUGCUAAAGGCUCGCGCUGUUCCUCGGCGUCAGGGUUGAAGCUCAACAUUUGUUGCCACUGCUUGCUGCGGUGACGGCCAAAGUGUUGUCUGCCAUCUGCUUUUUGUUGUUAAGAGUUGGCUGCCGUUUGGAUUCUGAUGAGUUGCAAUAAUAAUUUGGCACUUUGCUUUCACCACUGACUUGGCAAACAAAUCAGCUCUUCCACUUGAAGUAGCAGCUGGUGAGCAGGCCUCUUGUUGAGGCCUCAGACCUGAGCAAUAGAGCGCUCCCGCACGUACACUACUCAUAGCCGGAUAUCCCGUCGUCCUCCUCCUCUCUGAAGACACCGCAGACGGCUGACCGGAACACACAAGUGCAGGAGGAUUUGAUGGUUGCAGUGAAUGUUGGGACACCUCAGGAGCGAAGGAAUGGGUGGAUUAUUAUCGGGGUCAGACGCCUGUUCAUUCUUGUUGCCUUUCACUUUUCGGUCAGGGAGACACGCGCUGUGUGGGGAUAUCAGUCAAGGGAAGACCUCGGACCGACAUGAGCCACGUCCACCUGUGUGAGGCGGCGCACUGUCAUGUGUUCGCUUCCGAUUGUUUCCAUCCACAGCUCUGUUUUCAUGGUUCUGUUCAGUGGUUUGACGCAUGCUUUGGUUUUCUUCUGUUACAUUUUGGUCACAUAUUUCAUUCUCAUGAAGUGAAUGGCAGCCGGCUCGAACUGCAGAGAAAUUGGGAAGAAAAUUUGGGUUUUUGCUCUUCUUCUAAAUCAUCAGUUUAUCAGCAGGACCUUUUUGUUUAUUGUUGGACAUUGUGGAUUCCAUCUGGUGCCAGACUGAUGCCGGAUCAGCACCCUCUUUCUUAGUCUUGAUUAAAUCGGAGCGAAGCAUGUGAAGUAUUUUGAUUCCUUCAACAGAAACCUGGUUAUGUUUCAACCCCGCUCCCCCACAUUGGCCUCACACUUCGAACAAAUGGGGUGACUUCAAUUACACCAGUUCAUGUGGCAAAACCUGUCAAAACGCGGUGCUUGGAGGAAGUUGAAAUUCUGGGCCCAAAGUGGCCACCAUCAACGGUCCUGCUCCUCCUGACCGAAACUGCUACACGUAUGUCUGGAGCCAACACUUUUAUCAGCUGUUUCCUAACACUCUAUUUGUUUUAAAGUAAUACAUGGCUAAUCUAUAUACUUAACAUUAUUGUUGGUAUGAUAUGUGGUUCACAUUGUAAAAGGAAAUAAAACUAUUGAGUUGCUGUUUGAGAGAUGGUGUG